CCUCUUCUGGCCGCUCUUCGGUUAUUUUUUUCCUUCUCUCGGAAGAGUCAAGCGAGCAGAACACGGCUGAGAAAGCAACGGGAGGACACGCAGCGCUUGGGCGUUCCCUGGACCUUCCUUGACAGCCUUCCUGGGGGCUUACCUGCCAGCCCUGCAGAAUGAGUUAUCCUGGGUAUCCUCCUGCCGGUGGUUAUCCACCUGCUGCUCCAGGUGGCAACCCCUGGGGGGCUCCAAGCUAUCCUCCUGCAAAUCCUCCUCCAAUUGGGCUAGAAAAUGUUGGAAGCUAUGCCAACCAGUUUAAUCCAGACUAUAUGUCAGGCAUGGCUUCCAACAUGUCGGGAACAUUUGGUGGCGCCAACGUGCCACAGAACAUGUACCCUCAAGUCCCCGGUGGCUACCCCCCGGUUCCCCCAGGAGGCUUUGGACAAGCUCCUGGAGGCUUUGGGCAACCUCCUCAAGGACAGCAGCCAUCUUACGGAAUGUACCCACCAGCGCCAGGAGGAAACCCACCAGCAGGAAUGCCAUCUUAUCCAGGGUACCCAGGUGGCCCCAUGCCACCAGCAGGACAGCAGCCCCAGCCGUAUCCUGGGCAACAGCCAUAUCCUGGGCAGCAGCCAAUGCCGCCGCCAGGGCACCAGCAGCCUAUGCCAAGUUACCCUUCUGGCCCAGCUGUUAAUCCUUCUAUGCCAUCUUACCCAGGACCAACAGUGCCCACCAUUACUCCCGGAGCAACAAUGCAGCCUGGAAACCGUGGCACAAUCCGUGAUGCUCCGUCCUUUGACCCUUUGAGGGACGCAGAGGUGUUGAGGAAAGCCAUGAAAGGGUUUGGAACCGACGAGCAGGCAAUCAUUGAUUGUCUGGGAAGUCGCUCGAACAAGCAACGCCAGCAGAUUCUGCUCUCUUUCAAAACAGCUUAUGGAAAGGAUUUGAUCAAGGACCUAAAGUCUGAGCUUUCCGGCAACUUCGAGAGGGCAAUCUUGGCAAUGAUGAAGACUCCUGUCCAGUUUGAUGUUUAUGAAAUAAAAGAAGCCAUCAAGGGCGCUGGCACGGAUGAAGCCUGCCUGAUAGAAAUCCUGGCAUCUCGCAGCAAUGAGCACAUUCGGGAAAUCAGUCGGGCAUACAAAGCGGAGCAUAAGAAAACUUUGGAAGAAGCCAUCAGAAGCGACACAUCUGGACACUUCCAGAGGCUUUUAAUCUCACUGGCUCAGGGAAACAGAGAUGAAAGUACCAAUGUCAACAUGGCGGCUGUCCAAAGCGAUGCUCAGGCACUGUAUGCAGCAGGAGAAAAUCGACUUGGCACUGAUGAGUCCAAAUUCAAUGCAAUUCUCUGUGCCAGAAGUAGAGCUCACCUAAUAGCAGUUUUCAGUGAAUAUCAGCGAAUGUGUAACCGUGACAUUGAGAAGAGCAUAAUCAGAGAGAUGUCGGGAGACCUCGAAUCUGGGAUGCUGGCAGUAGUUAAGUGUGUAAGAAAUACACCUGCUUACUUUGCAGAGAGGCUGCACAAGGCCAUGAAGGGAGCUGGAACCAAAGACCGGACUCUCAUUCGCAUCAUGGUGUCACGCAGUGAGGUUGACCUGCUAGACAUAAGGCAGGAAUACAAGAGGAUGUAUGGCAAAUCUCUCUACACAGACAUUACGGGUGACACUUCUGGAGACUACAGGAAAAUCCUGCUGAAAUUGUGUGGUGGAAACGACUAAGUUGAGUCCCCUGGAAUU